AUGCCGUCCCCAUACGUCGCCGCGUCCACCCUCGGAGACAUGGAGCCGCCGCGCAGUCCCUCCCCCGCGCGUAGUGAGCGUAGCCUACACUCGCUCGGGCCGAUUGGAGUGCACCCCUGCGAAACCGAGCCGUCAGGGUUACCACGGUAUUAUGCAAUGUCGCGCACUCCGUCUGCCGACGCACCACUAGGAGAAGAGGCCGGAGAGAGCGUGCCGCUCCUGUCGAGGCAUGGCGCCGAUGGAGGCAAGUGGUACCGCGGGCCACUGUUCAUGACGGGCGUCAAGCUCAGUAUCCUGUUCGCUGUCUUCUCUGCGCUUGUGCUGGGCACGUUCUGGUUCGGCAUGCCAAACGUCGAGCCAGAGGACCGCCCGGCACUCAAGCUGCCCCGCUCAUUUGCGGAUCUGCAGGGCCUCAACGCGCUGCUCAAGAAGUACAAGGACCUGUAUCCGUGGCGUAUCAUGUUGUGUGGCGUCGUGGCGUAUCUCUACGUACAAGCAUUCACCCUCCCCGGGUCAAUGUACAUCUCGAUCCUCUUCGGCGCGGCAUACGGCAUCCUCCCUGGUCUCCUCCUCUCAUGUCUCUGCGACUCGUCCGGCUCGAUCCUCUGCUACACCCUCUCCUCCUUCCUAGGCCCGCCCCUCCUAGAGCUCCCCUAUUACCGGCGCAUGCUCGAGAAGUGGCGCAAGAAGAUUAUGGGCGACCCCGAAAAGGGUACUGAGGCAGGCAAGGACAGCGUCUUUGCGUUCCUCCUUGUUCUCCGUAUCCUGCCUCUCCCGCCGCACUGGAUCGCCAACUUUGUCGCCCCGCACCUGGGGAUUGGAAUGGGCAUGUUCUGGCUGACGUGUUUCCUCGGCAUCUGUCCCGUCUCUGUGAUCCAUGUCAUGAUCGGAAGCAGUCUUGACCAGAUGACCAGCGCCGAGGACUUCCAAAUCCUCUCGGCGCGCAACAUUCUCGGCAUGGCUGCGGUCAUUGUGGCCGUCCUCAUCCCCGUAGGCUUGAAACGCGUUUUCAAGACCGACUUUGGCGACUUGAACGAACAGCCCGAGGGUAUCGCGCUUGAUGCGGACGCACAAGCUGUCGAGUUUGACGAGCAUGGUCUCCCGAAGCGCACGGCGUCCGAUUCUGGCGUCACCCUGGCCGGCCCGUCACAGGGCGAGCCACAUGAGGACAGUGUCGCAACCGGGCGCCGAAGCAUCCUUCCGCCCAUGCCUGGUACACGGGGCAAGGGCAAGGGCAAGGGGCGCGCGCUUCUCAUCGACGUCGUUGACGAUGACGAUGACCCCGGAGGCAGCGCGUAUGAACUCGGGACGCCUGAACCGACUCCCCCGGCCGCCGGGCCCGCUAAAAAGGGGCUGUUCAAGCCGCUGCGCGGUAUUCGGGGGUACGGCACGAUUGACAUUGACCCAGCGGAGCCGCGCCCAGAGGCGAGCAGCUCGUGGUGGCGCCUCCGAUAG